GAUAUUCAUUUUCGUGAUAAACCAGCCAACAAUACCAUCGUUCAUAUCUGAACUCCAACAACACCAUUUUCAAGAUCGACUCCCUCAUUUACUCUCACCUGCAAUCACUUGUUCAUUCUCCAAAUAAGGUUGAUGCUAAUUUGUUGAAUUUCUGGAGUCAGAAGGUCAAGGCCCAAGGGUGCAAUCUCUGUUGCUGGAUGAUGAAUGGAGAGGGGACUAGUGAAACUGUCUCCUUGAAUGAUAAAUUUACUAAUGAGUUAUCAACCUGGAAACUUUCGGACCUGAAGUUAUCGAAUGACAGAAGUAAUGACGCGUCACCAGUUUCAUCGCGCUACUCGUCGUGUGGUGAAUCGGAAUUUGAUAGAUACUGUAGUGCUAAUUCUGCAAUGGGUACACCUAGUUUGUGCGGUUCUGUUGGUACGUUUCACGACUUCGGUGACUCUGAUAUCGGGUCUGUAAAGAGUUCUAGAUUCGGAGAUUUAGGUAGUUUGGAGAGUUUCAGUUUGGGUGGGAAGUUUGAGAAUAAAAAUUUGUUAGCUUUGGGAAAAUUAGGCGAGUAUAGUCAGAAAACCGGUGAAAAAUCGGAACAAAGGUCGUCAGUGGUUGAAAACGAAAUGAACCCGUAUGAUGAAACGGAAAUGAAAACUUCGUUAUCGGAUUUCGAAGACGAAGGGGGUGUGGUUACGUGGAAACCCGAGAUUAAUUCUCGAAAAACACAAAGUAAUUCUACUGAUGACGAAACGAUGGAAAAGCAUGUGGUAAAUGUACGUGUGGAAGAACGUUCUGAGUCUUGUUUGGGUGUUGACGAGGUCAACAAUGUAUUUGAAGGGGAAACGUCGUCUCAGUUAGAACAUUCGGAAUCCGAAGGCUCGAUGUAUGGUUAUGGCACGGAUAACGAGGAAAUGACUGGUUUGCCGUUUAGAGGUUACGGCGCUUAUUCACACGAGAAGAAAAAAAGUAACGAUAACUCGUUGGUAAUGACUUCAACGGUAGCGUAUGGUUCAGAUGAUUGGGACGAUUACAUGCAAGAAACUAUGGGAAACCCUCAAGAUUUAUUCGUUAAAGAUGAAAUCCCGAAACACAACCUAAAUGAAAUUGGAAUUGAAGAUCACACCUCGAAACCGACUGUUGUGUGUGAAAGUAUUGACGUGUCACAUGGACAAGAAAACGUGACGGAUAUAUUUGUUGUUUCCAAACAAGCAGAAGACUUUAGUCAACUUGAAACUGAAGAGGUUUCUCAAGACGUGCUGCCUGAAAAUGAAAUAUUAAACGGAACAACAGACAUUGUUAUACUUGGUCAUGUUUGGUCAACUUCGUCCCAAAAUGCCGAAGAGGUUUCUCAAGACGUGCUGCUCGAAAAUAAAACAUUUAAGGGAACCACAGACAAUUCUACACUUGGUCACGAUCGGUCAACAUCGAGCCAAGAUGCUGAAGACCAUGCGUAUUCACUCCAGGCAUUGCCGAUUAUCAAUGCAGAGAAAAGACAUAAUGUUAGUCCAAAGUCGAUGAAUAUUCAUGAAGAUAUUGAAAUGGCAAGUAAGGUCGAAGACUAUGAACUGAACGAAUUCUUUGAUGAAGUUGUCUUUGAAAUGGAAGAAAUACUACUUAAUUCCGGUGAGUCUCCCGCAGCUAGAUUCAGACGCGGUAGGGACCACCACAAUCACGUUUCUCUCCCGUCAAGAGACGGUGGCUCAACCGCUUCAACUUCUAGCAUCGACAACCAUCACGCAUCCAUUCAAAACCCUUACAAAAUUGACGGCAUUGAAGUAAUCGGUGCAAAACAGAAGAAAGGGGAUGUCUCAUUAGGUGAAAGAUUAGUAGGAGUUAAGGAAUACACAGUUUACAAAUUACGCGUAUGGAACGGGACCCACCAAUGGGAAGUGGAACGACGGUAUCGCGAUUUUUUCACUCUUUACACCCGUUUGAAAUCAUUGUUUGCCAGUAAAGGUCUCGACCUGCCUUCUCCAUGGUCAAAGGUUGAGCGCGAGUCGCGAAAAUAUUUCGGGAUUUCAUCUCCGGAUGUCGUUUUAGAAAGAAGCGUUCUUAUACAAGAAUGCUUACAAUCUAUUCUACACUCGAAGUUUUCAUCGAACCUCCCGAGUUCCGUUAUGUGGUUCUUAUCCCCACCGAAAAACGGGCCCGAUGUUUUGUUGCAAAUUGGAAGCAAGCCUAUGCACACACUGGGACAGUCGAUAUCGCUUAUUGUUGAAAUUAGGGCUCAUAAGUCAAUGAGACAGAUGUUAGAAGGUCAACAUUAUACUUGUGCGGGUUGUCAUAAGUAUUUUGAUGAGGGGAAAACGCGGUUAUGGGAAUUUGUGCAGACGUUUGGGUGGGGCAAGCCUCGUGUUUGUGAAUACAGCGGUCAGGUUUUUUGCUCGUCUUGUCAUGUAAACGAAACUGCGAUAUUGCCUGCUAGGGUUUUGCAUUGGUGGGAUUUUAAAGAGUAUCCCGUGUCCCAGCUAGCUAAAUCAUAUCUUGAUUCUAUUCAUGACAAGCCAAUGCUCUGUGUAGGUGCGGUGAACCCGUUUCUAUUCUCCAAAGUUCCACCUUUGCAACAUGUUAUAAAUGUUAGAAAGAGAAUUGGAAGAAUGCUUCCGUAUGUUCGUUGCCCCUUUCGCAGGUCCAUAUACAAAGGAGUUGGAUCCCGGAGAUAUAUUCUUGAAAGCAGUGAUUUUUUUGCUCUAAAAGACCUUGUUGAUCUUUCCAAAGGGGUUUUUGCAGCACUGCCUGUGAUGGUAGAAACUAUUUCGAAGAAAAUUGUGAAUCAUAUUACCGACGAAUGUUUAAUAUGCUACGAUGUGGGUGUCCCCUGUGGUGCUAGACAAGCUUGUGAUGACCCGUCUUCUCUUAUUUUCCCUUUCCAGGAAGGUGAGGUUGAAAGAUGUAAAUCUUGUGAACUGGUUUACCAUAAGGCUUGCUUCAAGAAGAUGGCUACUUGCCCCUGUGGCGUAGGUCUUGGGUCUAGAUCCAUGAGAUACCCGGAUGGUACCACGAAUGAGGUUUGGGAUACAGAAUCAAAGUCUUCAACAGGGUUCCUCUCGGGGUUGUUGUCGAAGGCUAGUUCUUCUAAAUUAUGGGGGACUAAAGAUAAUGAUGAUACGGUAAUCCCAAUGGGUUCUUUACCAAGCUUUUCACUUUGAUUGUUUUACUUGUAUCUAUAAAAUGUUAUAAAUUUUGAAAUCACCGUGUAUUUGAGAAACUUGUGUACUCUUAAUUCUUGUUAAGCAUUUGUUUGUAAAUGGUGGGAAAUGAUCACUCACUCAAAAGAAUGAUUGAAGUUGGCUAUGGAUCUACACACUUACAAGUGUAGCCAAACAAACGAUUGAUAUUAGUUGUA